UCCAAAUUUGGUGAGUCCAAAAUCAUUGGCCCUCCUCGGAUAAACUGUAGAAACAGUCACACACCAAACAGGGCUGCUUCAAUUCUGCAAUAAUAAUUCGUUAAAUCAUUGAAGAUGGAGAUGAUGGAUUGGUGGGUAUCCAUGCCUAAAGUUGAACUUCAUGCUCAUCUCAAUGGUUCUGUUCGAAAUUCCACUCUACUAGAACUUGCUAAAGAAUUGGGUGAAAAGGGUAUUAUUGUUUUUUCUGAAGUUGAGCAUGUUAUCCUCAAAAAUGAUAGAUCUUUGACUGAAGUGUUCAAGUUGUUUGAUUUGAUUCAUAUUCUUACCACUGAUCAUGCUACUGUCACCAGAAUCACCAAAGAAGUUGUUGAAGAUUUUGCUGCUGAGAAUGUUGUCUAUUUGGAAUUGAGAACUACCCCUAAGAGGAAUGAUUCUAGAGGAAUGUCCAAACGUUCUUACAUGGAAGCUGUGAUUGAGGGUUUAAGAAAAGUUGACGUCUUCGACAUUGAUUUUGCUUCUACUAAAAAUGGAUUGGAGGAAAAAGGGAAGUCUGGUCAAAUGAUUGAUGACUGUGUCGGCUUUUCUAGGACAAAGAUAUAUGUUAGGCUUCUCCUGAGCAUUGAUCGCCGUGAGACACUUGCAGCUGCAAUGGAAACUGUCAAGCUGGCAUUGGAAAUGAAAGAUCUUGGAGUGGUAGGUAUUGAUCUAUCCGGGAAUCCUAAAGUGGGAGAAUGGAUAACAUUUUUGCCAGCUUUGAGAUUUGCCAGAGAACAAGGUCUUCGUGUUACUCUGCAUUGUGGAGAGGUCCCUAAUCAGGAGGAAAUACAUGCAAUGCUGGACUUUCUUCCUGAGAGGAUUGGUCAUGCUUGCUGCUUGGAAGAGGAUGCAUGGAGAAAAUUAAAAAAUUCCAAGAUCCCGGUUGAAAUAUGUUUGACAUCUAACAUCCGAACUAAUACAAUUUCCUCCAUCGAUGUUCAUCAUUUUGCUGAUUUAUACAAUACAAACCAUCCACUUAUCCUAUGCACUGAUGACACCGGGGUGUUCUCUACUAGUUUAUCUAAAGAAUACGCCAUUGCUGCUACUGCUUUUGGUCUUGGGAAGAAGGAAAUGUUCCAGCUAGCAAGGACCGCGGUUGAAUAUUCAUUUGUCGAGGAACAAGUUGCAAGUAAAUUGAAAGAUUUGUUUGAUCUGUUAGAUAAGAGUUUAGCUUACAAUGAUUGAUUUGUUGCAACUACAUUAGGUAUGGCUUACUAGUAUUUUUCCCAAAAUCUAUGUUCCUUAUUCUAUUUAAUGUACUAGCUUUGCUCUCAACAAUGAAACAGAUUUCUCAGGAUUGAAACAAACAGCCUAAUUGGUUAUCUUAAUCCUAGACAGAUUGUUAGGUCUCCAA